CGGCACGCUUAUGAAUUUCGCAUCUCUUUCGGCAAUGUUGUCGGUCUCGCUCUUUGCGCUGCUGACGAUUUACAGUACGUAAGAUCUGGAUCUUCUCAAAAAGUGUGCAACUAAUUGUUGAUUCCUGUGUGUAGAAAGUUACUUUAUUCAACCUCAUCAUGGCAGAGGACAUCUCCUGGAAGACGAGCAAUUUUCGGCAGAGCGUCGUUAACAAAAUUAAUGAAGCCAUCCAGCAGACGGGCAUGACUUCGUCUAAAAAUGGGAUCGAAAUGGAAAAUCAUGUGUUUCACAAAGCUCGCAAUAAGGAUGAGUAUCUUGGCUUUGUGGCCCGACUGAUUCUCCACGUACGAGAAAUGAACACCAAACACAAGAAUCAGCAAAAUGCAGCUGCUGCAGCGGCACAGCAGGCGCAGCAGGAUGGUGGUGGCAAUACGAAUCAGCAGGGCGGUGGGGGUGGUGGUGGUGGAAGUGGAAUGCCAGAUCCGAUAAAUGCUUUACAGAACCUCGCAUCGCAAGGAACCCGUCCACAGAUGAUGGGGCAAAUGGGCGUUGGACCGGGUGGCCCUAUGGGAGGACAAAUGGGAGGUGCCGGCAACGCAUCAAAUCUGCUGCACUCCUUGCGUCCUCAAAUGCAGAUGGGUGGAAUGGGUGGACCGAUGCAAGCCAAUCGUGUAGGCAUGGGUCCGGGACCGGGCAAUCAAAUGGGAGGUAUGAUGGGACCGAACCAAAUGCAGGGACCAGGUGCAGGGAUGGUAGGUGGCAUGCCGGGCCAGAUGGGUGUGGGCAUUGGACCGGGCGGCAUGAGCGGAGGCAAAAUCGUGGGCAUGGGGGGACAGCAGCAACAGAUGGCGCAGCUGAACGCAAUGCAGGUAAACCAAAUGCAGCAGGCCCAGCAGCAACAGCAGCAACAGGGUGGUAUGCCGCAGUCUCAGCAGCAGCAGCAGGGCGGACUUGUACAAGGGCAAGGUGGUCCAGUGCAGCAGAUGGGCGUCGGGCCUGGUGGACCGAAUCAAAUGAAUCCGAUGGUGAUGGGACAGAUUCAGGCGCAACUGCAAAACCAAAGCGCGAUGGCUGGCCAGCAGAUGGGCACGGUCGGUGGCACGAUGAAUGCAGCAAACCAGAUGGGUCCGAUGGUUGGAGCGAACGCUGGCAUGAAUCCGCAGGCAAUGGGAAUGGCCCCGAAUCAGGUCCUUCGACAGCAACAGCAGCAACAGGGAAUGCAGCAAGUCCAAAUGGGUCUUGGCCCCGGUCAGAUGGGACAGCUGAAUGCCGGCGUGCAGGGUGGCGUUGGACACGGCGGCCCUGGCACUAACAUGGGACAAGUACAACAGCAAGUAGUCGUGCAACAGCAGCAGCAGCAACAACAGCAGCAUCAACAGCUACAACAACAUUUGCAGCAGCAUCCGCAACAACACCAGCAGAUUCAGCAGCAUCAACAACAAAUGCAACAACAACAACAACAGCAACACCAACCCCAACUGCAACAACAGGCCCAAAUGCAGCAGCAUCAGCAACACCAACAAAUGCAGCAGCAUCAGCAACAUCAACAGCAGCAGCAGCAGCAACAACAACAGCAGCAGCAGCAGCAACAGCUUGCUCAACAACAUGCGCAGCAUCCACAGCAACAUCCUCAGCAGCAACAGCAGCAGCAGCUCCAGCAGCUUCAGCAACACGGACAGCAUCCGCAGAUGCAGCAGCAGCAACAGCAUCAGCAGCAACAACAGCAUCAACAACAGCAGGUUCUACUUAAUGCAAUGGGUCAGGGACCUGUUGGAUCGAUUGGUGGUGGACCGAUCGGUGUACCGGGAGGACCGGGUGUUCCAAUGCAACAAGCGAUGCAACAACAGCAGCAACAACAACAACAACAACAACAUCAACAGCAACAGGCCAGUGCAAUGGGACAAACUGGUCCAUCGCAAAUGAACGCCGGUGUAGCAAUCGGGCCCGGUGGCGGAGGUGUAAUGGGCCCCGUUCCAAAUCAGAUGCUCGGUGCAGGUGCCGGAGGUGCAGCGGGACAGCAGGGUAACUUUGUGGGCAUGGGUGCGAAUACGAUGGUACGCAAACCACCGGAUAUGAUGCCGGGUGGCAAUGUGUAUCCCGGUGGUGGCGGUGCCGUACGUAGCGUGACGCCAAAUAACUUUUUGCGCCAAUCGCCUUCCCCGUCGGUCCCGUCCCCUGUAGGGCCCGGAGCGCACGGUCCACCAUCGCACCCGGGACAGAUGAUACCCUCGCCGGCACUGAUUCCAUCGCCGAAUCCGCAUAUGAGCGGAGUUGCGCAGCGUUCCAACAUCGGCCAGUCGCCCGGUGGCUCGUUGAAUACUCCCGGACAACCAGGCGGUGCCGUACCGAGUCCGCUCAACCCGCAAGACGAACAGCUGUAUCGGGAGAAGUACCGCGCACUCACAAAGUAUAUCGAACCACUGAAACGAAUGAUCGCCAAGAUGGAAAAUGAUGAUAUUGACAAGAUUGCUAAAAUGAAGCGACUGCUAGAGAUCUUGAGCAAUCCCAGUGUUCGCAUUCCGCUAGAAACGCUGCACAAAUGUGAGGCGGCACUAACAAGCCAACUCGGUUCUAUCCGCGAAACGCCGACCAAUAAUCCGCUAGUGGAAGCCGUUUCGAGUAGCUUGCAGGGUGCCUCCGGAAAUCAUACUUUGCAGCGCACUUUUCGUCCUUGCUUAGAGGCACUGUUUGGGCCCGACAUCAAGAAUUUGCCACCGCCAGCCAAACAGCCAAGAUUGACGCAGGAUGAAUCCACUAUCGCUAAUGGAGGAACAGCGGGUGGUGUCACUAGUGGAGGAGCGACCAACACUACAAGCACAACGACUGCGGUCACCUCAACCGCUAGCGGUGGUGCCGCUACUACCGGUGGUGCCGUCUCCACUAACACAACCGCCAGCACUGCACCCCAGGAGAUUCCCCAUAUCCUGCAGGGUGAAAUCGCACGACUCGACCAAAAGUUCAAGGUAUCGCUGGAUCAGUGUGCUAUCAGUGGCACUCGUACGAUCAAGUUAAUUUGUUGGCUGGACGAUAAAAAUUUACCCUGUGUGCCGCCGGUCGCAGUCACCAUCCCGGAGGACUAUCCGGUUACCGCUCCGAGCUGUUCGCUGAUCGAGCAGGAGUACAAUGCGACACCGUUCUUGAUUCUGGUACAAAAAUCGCUUAUGGCGCGUAUCUGCAAGUUGCCGGGUUUGUUCACGCUAUCGCAUCUGCUAGACACUUGGGAAAUGUCGGUCCGACAAGCCUGCUCACCAAACCCAACAAUUGUUGCGCCUACCGGUACCAGCGUACUGUUGGGCAUGUAAUCAAACUACGAACCAGCCACAACUUUUGUCGGUCUCAUUCAAUUCAACAUUCAAUAAAACGCAACUGAAUAUAUUAAUGAACAA